UAAGGCGCGGUCACACUACAACCGUCUCAAAGUCUGGCAACGCUGCACAACGCCAAAACAAAUCAAAUAAUUUUUACCAUGUACAACGUGGAAUGCAUUCCCAUCAAGGAUAUAAAGCCAGGUCUGAAAAACAUCAAUGUUAUCUUCAUUGUCCUGGAAGUGGGCGUGGCCACCGUUACAAAGGAAAACCGCGAAGUGCGGAACUUCAAGGUGGGCGACCCCACGGCCUGCAUCAAUGUCUCGAUUUGGGACGAGCCGGGCAAACUGAUAGCACCAGGCGAUAUAGUGAGACUGACAAAGGGCUACGCCUCCAUCUGGAGGCAUUGCUUGACCCUCUAUUCCGGAAAGAACGGCGAGGUGUUCAAGAUCGGCGAGUACUGCAUGGUCUUCAACGAGAGCGUGAACAUGAGUGAGCCGAAACGGGCGGAGCAGCAGGCGGUGCCCAAUCCUGCUGCUCCUCCGGCGGGACUUCCGGCCGGUGGAGGUGCUCCUGGCUUGCCGGCCAAGGGUGGAGCCCCUGGCAUUCAGCAGCCCGUGGUGGCCGCAGCACCAGGUGCUCCCGCCACCCAAAGCGCUGUGACCACUGCUCCUGCUACGGCACCAGCCAUCGCGCCUCAAACGACAACGAAACCUGGCACUCGUGGCGGCCGUGGAGGUGGAGGACGAGGUGGUCUUAAAGGGGAACGGCGAUAAAGGGUCUUGAGAUCCGUGGAAUAGGACCAGGAACUCAGCGAACAAGAGGAUCUAGCUCUAACUGUAAUGCUUAGCUUAAUAAGACAUGUUUACACAUCCCAAAAGAUCAACGCUGCUCGGACAUGGAUUUGGUAUGUUAUCUAGACAAUUUGGGCUUUAUAUUUUACGUAAUAUGUCUGCAUUUAUGAGCAUCAGAUUUACCAUUCAAUUAUAUAUGUAUUUUAAAUGGCA